AUGUUCCGUCUCGGCCAGUUCCUGCCCCCGGCACUCGCCACUGGGAUCUUCCCCCCUCACACAGGCCACAUCUGCCCAGCGUUCUCUGGCCGGAUCCCCUCGUCCCCGCUCUCCAGUGUUCUCCUGCCUCCCGCUCCCAUCCUCAGCUACGACCUGCUGCAAAGUUACGCUCCCCCGGAUCCGUGCAAACAGGCGCUGCUGCUCGCUACACAGGCGGCUGGACUGGCCGGAGUGUCCGAAUACUCCGAUGAUUCAAAGCCAGUGAAGCAGCGGCGAGCGCGAGCUAACUACAGCAGCUGGCAGCUGGAAGAGCUGGAGAGAGCAUUCAAGACAACUCAGUAUCCAGACAUUUUCAUGAGGGAGGCCCUGGCACUCAGAUUAGAUCUCAUCGAGGCCAGAGUUCAGGUUUGGUUCCAGAAUCGCCGUGCUAAAAUGAGGAGACAGUUGAAAAUCCAGGGCAAAUCUCGGGAGAAGAGCAGCGACCAGGAUCCCAGCAGCUGUCCUGUUCAGGUGGAGAAAUGUGACCGAUCGGAGAUCAAAGCCGACAUCCACAAGAUGGAGAAAGCCAGCUACCCCUGGCCAGGAUCACAAGCUGACUGUAGGGAGGUCACGGUCACUGCUCCUUUCCACACAGUGUUCCGGGGAAUCAGAGAUAGUUCCAGCCCCAAUCCUAGUCCGGAGCAGAUCCGCAGCUGCAGCAUUGCCACACUUCGAGCGAAGGCCAGGGAACAUGAGGCUGAGAUACACAGUGGGGCGGCUAAACCUCUGUCUGUCUCUCAGUCCUCUUCUCCAGAGAUCCAGGGAGCCAAUGAUGAGGCCAUAUAGUACAGUCUGUAACAGAGUUGGGGGUACUGGAAAGUACUGAGCUCCUUUAUCAUACACAAAAGGGUUACGCACUCAACAAUUGGCACCCACAGAGAGGACCUGUAAAGCAGAGAAAGUUGGAGAUUGUGUAACUAACAGAUUAAUUGACUCAGAGACACAGGCUCUUUAAUACAGGGAGUAUACGACACAGCGAUUGUAACAUAUUGAGAGGCUGUAUACGUAGAUACUGUUUAAUACAAAGGGUUUAACAAGAGAGAAAUGGUAUCAUGGAGUUUGUAUAACACAUUGAAACUGUUUAAAAUGCAAAGACUACAUAACACACAAAGAGACUGCAUGACAUGGACAGUAGCUUAAUAGCUGUUCAAGAAGCUGUUUAACUGUACAUCACAGAGAGGUUAAACAGGGACAGUACAAGACCCAGAGACUGAAGUACAGUCUGUCACGCAUAUAAAUUAGGAGACUGUAACAAAUGGAGACUGUGUAACAAAGAGAGACAGACAAUGUAACAGCUACUUAAGUUUUAAAUAUUUACUGAGUAGAUCCGUAGCAGUAC